AUAGCUGGAGUCCGUGGUGGUAUGCGCAUGGAGGUCAACUGCAUUGCGCAAACGCAAAGAGGGUUGAACAUUACCUCUGUUAUCUCUCCCCUCAUUCACAUACGUUCCCCUUCUACUACUUCCACCCCUGCUCCCAGUUGCACCCCCCUCUGACGGCGACCAGCGGAGUUAGCGGAAGUGUCAGCUUCGCGCUCAGAAGCAGAGUGAAAUGGCGAAUUUGAGGUUGUGUUUUCAUAAAAUAUGUUGUUUUGAUUGACUUCAAGCACGCUUGUGUUUCGAAAAGUAAGUUAGUGAAGUUGUAUAAUGUGUAUAAUACAUCAUUCAUAAACUGUGUACACUGAGGAGGCUUCAGAUUAUCUACAUUUUAACAUUCAGAGAAAAACAUUAUCGGUCAGUAAACAUUAAGUAUGGAUACUUCCUUCGACCACAGUGAAGCCGAGUGACGAGAAACAAAUGAAGGAUGCAUCGUUGUUUUAUUUUACUGCUGAACUUCGGUUUGUGUUUGCAAAUUGUGUUAAUAAGCGUGUUACUCUAUAGGAAUUACAUUUCGAAUUUUAAUUAAAGUGAAGGAAUCUUAAGAUGGGGAAUUGACAUGUAAACGACAAGACAGUUUUAACGUCUUUAUCCGAUACAAUUACGCCACCUUCAUGUACUUAAACUACUACGAACAUUUAGUGUUUUUGUGGAACAUUUGCAAGUUUCGUUCCGGAGCAAACCGUCAAGUAGAAUGUGUGAAUUUUAAUUUAUAUUAAAUUUCGUUACAUUUCCCGUGUAACCGUGGAAAAAUUAUUUAAUGCGUUAAUUUUUAAGUAUGAAAACAAACUUCGAACAAAAAAAUUUUACGCUAUAGAAAACUCUCGUGUUUGACUGUAAAUAAGAUGUUUUUGCGCUGAGAACACAAUACGUAUGUGCAUAUUGAAUAACAUAGCAUGGUAGGGUAUGUUUUGAAUUAAUAACAUUGAUAGACAGAUGUUUUGUGAACAGGUGUGAGGAUGUAACAUUUUUUUUUCACGUGUUAUUUUGAGUGCGAAAUUUAAGUAAGAGAAGUGGUUUAGGUGGUGCGUGUGUGUGUGUGGUGGGAACACAGAAAAAGUGCGUCAGCCUGCGUAUUACAGCCCAGUGGAUGUCAGACGGCACAGCUGGAAGAGAAUAUCACAUAUAAAUGGAAAGAAGCUCAUCUCGAAUGUACCUGGGAAGUGUCGGAAUACAAUGCAGAGCUGUAAUGGGGGAUGGCGUAAUGAUCUGGGCAGCCGAUCCGUCACAGCGUCGCUUCUGUCUCUGCGAAGUGAAAACGGAAGCCAGUGGGGAAUCCCUACAGGGUCACGUGGCUUUCUCGAGCUGUAGGGAACCCAACACCUUCUGUUGGUAGAGGUUUCGUCGUGCGCCACAAUGAUACCAGAAGGCCGUGGCAGCUCUGGGUCCCCUUCGACUCCGCCCUACAGCGAGUACCAUCACCAGCACCCUUACCAGCAAGCAUACCACCAACCCUCGUACAAACACCCCCCACAUUCUCACCACACCCACCACCCCACACCCCCUUCACCCCCAUCGUCACCAUCAUCAGCAUCCUCGACCAGAGGCUGCUGUAAUCUCCGGCGAGGGAUCUGUUGCAACAACGGAAAUAGUCGUCCGCGGCGGAGAAGAGGCUCGUCCUGGUGCUGUUGCUGUUUCUGCCCUUCGUCAGUUCUAUCUUCGGCUUUUUCGAGCCUUGGAGUUUGCGUCCUUGUCGUAGGAUACACCCUCCUAGGCGCGUUUACAUUCAUGGCACUCGAAGGCGGGUUUAAAGACACGUCACAUCUUAGUUCGAGUAAUUUAGGCACUUCGUCAGGCAGUUCUUCCACGUCGUCGUCUUCGGCAUCGAAUUCUAAAUCGAUUAGUGACAAAUCAGUAGUAUUAGGUGAAGAAAUACGUUCGAGAACUGUCGAGAAACUGUGGAGUAUAACAGAGGACCUGAACAUUCUUUAUAAGGACAAUUGGACGCGUCUAGCUGCUCAGGAAGUUCUAAAGUUUCAAGACACGCUCGUGAGGAAUCUUAGAGUUUAUGGCGGCGGUGGUGUGAUAAUCAAGACCGGCAGUGGUGCCGCCAACGGCGGAUCGAUAUACUACAACCACCAGCACCACAGGUGGUCAUUUUCGUCCUCCUUCCUGUACUCUCUGACUCUCAUCACAACAAUUGGUUACGGCAGUGUGGCACCGCGAACUCCCUGGGGAAAGGUCAUCACCAUCAUUUACGCGCUAAUCGGCAUCCCACUGAUGCUGGUGUAUUUGUCCACCGUCGGCGACGUCCUAGCACGCAAUUUCCGUCGUCUCUACUGCCGUGUGUGUGGUAAUGGAGGCGACGCGGGCGGAUGUAACGGUCGCAGUAACUCCAAGAACACUUCCGGCAAGAACAGUAUGCCUGCAAGAGGUUCUUCCACGGCCGAGACUUAUCUGAGCACCGGUUAUACCCCGUCUUUGGCAACUAAGGCUCACAACAGCAUCACUGCAGACGGCUCGGCCCUCAAGAUGCACCAUUAUCACCCCCACGCGACGCCAGGCGCCGACCGCGGAGACGACAUCCAGGCAAAAUUGGAUCGUACUGGCAGCGUCGUGGUCCUAGACUGCGGGGGGGAAGGUAUCGGUGAAUCAGCCGCGUCGUCUUCCACGGCCCUGGACCCUGGACGUAAGAGACGCCGAACGUGCGGCGCGGAACACGUCAGGAUACCAAUUUCUCUCUGUCUGCUUAUAAUCGUCGUGUACAUCUGCGGUGGGGCGUUGCUUUUCAAUAGACUCGAGAACUGGACUUUCCUCGAAGGCUCUUACUUCUGUUUUACGAGUUUGGGGACUAUAGGAUUCGGAGAUUUGAUACCGGGUUUGUAUCACAGUUAUCAGGUGCAGUACCAGACUUCAGCAUCGCAUUCAUCGGCUGAGCAGUUGUCAGUGUUCGCUUCAUCCGCGUACAUCCUUGUCGGCAUGGCACUCAUAGCGAUGUGCUUCAACCUCGUCCAGGACGAAGUGGUGAUUAUCGUAAGGAAGCUAGGGCAUUAUUUUGGUGUCGCGAGUCCCAGUACGUUCGUGUCCUCCAGCUCGAGAGGUGGAGACCUUGACGACGAGGAUGUCAUGAUAGACGUAGUCGAUGGUGAAGAGAUAGCGAUGGCUGUAGUGUCGUCAUCCGGUGCCUCAUCCUGACAUAGGCCGGGUGACACGGUCCCACGAGGUGGUAGUGUUGGUGAUCAUGACACAGGAGUUACCAACAUUCAGCAGUCUCAGAAGAUCUUGAAGCCAGCGUUGAUAGAGUACCCUCAGCAUCAUCAUAGUCUGCCGAGAAGGAAAGAUGGUAUUGCGGCUUCAUCUGCUGCAGGUUGUCCUCGGAGGAAUGGUCAAAGAAGUCAGAUUAGCCGUCGUAGUGGGGCAAGUUCCGACUCUGGUGAGCCUCUGGUCGAAUAUUUUGUGCCGCGUAGUGUCAGCGAAUUUAACCUGGCCGGUGUCGUAAGCGAUAUCGUGAUGGUUCCUCCACCUCCGUCCUCCGUCAUCCGACCUUCUUCAGCAGCGUCAGUGCUAAGGACUUCUUCUAGUGGCAGGGAUUCUGUCGCAGGUGGCUCCAGAUCUAGGGAGAAGAUGGUGACGUUCGAGGAUGACCCGGUAAACCAAAGCGACGCGCAGGGUAUAAACAGGAAACAAUCCGUCGGGGUAGGUCAGGCUCUUGAGGACGUAUUCAUGUGACGAACUCCAGGAAACGUUCAGCACGACUACGGAUUCUCUUCAGUCACUCCAAUGGCAAACCUACGAGAUGAUAAACCAGGGUUUGAUUCCAGACGCUGGCAACAGAUGUCUCUCUGUACAGCCGCAUCUAGACCAGGAUCCGGUGGUGAAGCGGUCGGAGCGUGAUGCUGAUCACUCACUGUAAUUUACUGCCGAGAUUAAGAAUAAAUGGAGGCAUACCUCCAUUGCCAAUAACCCUACAUCUCAUGUCGUGACACGUAAUUAGUAAGAGGGACAAUUUUACAUUUAUGAAGCCCCUUUCUCGUGCUGUACAUUAGAAACACUUCGUUGUUAAUUAAGUCUGUUUAAUUAGUUGUCAUUCAUUAGGCCUAAGAACGUUUCUGGCUACUACUCAUAAGGAAAUAGUCGAGAAACUAUCGGCGUGACAAGAUUAUCAAUUAAUAUGCAGCCUAAUUAUAUUGAUUAAAAUAAUAGGCCUAAAUGGUACAGUAUGUGAGCCGAAACUUUAAAAUUGCUGCAUCCGUUUUACUUGUAACCGAAGACGAGUUUAUAUGCCACGCAAUUUUUUUUAAGAUAAAUAUGAAUUUGGACGUUUUACAAGCAGACGUGGCUAUGAACAAGAAAUUUUGACGGGGAACGCCCAUACGGAAGGACAAAAAUCUAUGCUCACUUCUGUUUCUGAAAGCUGGUAACAUCUUCUAAACGAAAGGAAACAUUUUGAAGACGUCUUUGACAAAGCUGGUUAAUGUGUUAAUAUCCCCUGUAAUUCAAAUUUCAACCAAACGUCACAGCCGAGUAGUUAGUACUCCUUUUUCGGGAGCUCCCGCUACCCUGAUUGACAUUUUCCUUGGUAUUCCUCAGUCCCUCAAAUUAAAUGCUGGGAUAGUAUCUUAAAAUAUUCCACAACCGCUUCCUUCCAUAUCCAUUCCAUUUCAUUAAUUACUCUGCAAUUUGAUGCUGUAUAGCGUCUGAUCUGCUGACAGCAUCGUUAAAUAAACCGUAAUACAUACAUUCACAAUUCAUUUGUCGUUCUUUAUUAUGAGCAUUUUGAUAAUUUGAAUAUUUAGCAGAAAAAAAUACGUGAUUUUUAAUGAUAACCGUUAAAAGACAUUUCUUCUGAACAUCAAACGAGUUCGAAUACCACCGAUAAAAUAUUAAAUAAAAUAUUAUUUCCAUCACACACCAUCUAUAAAGGAUUAUUUCCUAACUAUAUUCUAAAUAGCCUAAUUCUUAUAUAAUUCUGUUUCUGCUUUGGGUAGAAUUUAAAUGCUGUUUUACUGUUGUUAAUCGCUGAAGUCAAAUUUCAUUAAAAACCGACAAAAUUAAUCAUGAGAUGGUAAAGU